AUGAGCCCGGCGGGCGGCGCAUUGCUACCUGGCUGAUAUAUCCUGCACGGCUUCCCACACACACACACAGAGUUUGAGAAGUGCUCUCGGACUUCCUGGUACGGGACCAUGGACGGUUUGUGCUCCAGUUUGUUCGGGGAACUAUAAGUGCAGCGAUGUGAUCGAGGAGGACCCGUCGAGUUGAGAGCAAGGUCAUGAGUGCCUCUAGGAAAGACCUAGUGGAGAAUAACCUCACCUGUCCAAAGCCCCGCCCUACCUGGGCCUCGCCUUGCUCCCCGACCCUGGACUCCCACCAUGACGUCUGAUCAGGAUGCGACGGUGAAACUUGACCAGGAGCGCGCCGAGAUAGUCGCCAAAUAUGACAAGGGAAAAGAGGCCACGGUGGAGCCCUGGGAGGACACCAACUUCCACCUGUACAAAGUCAUCGACCGCUUUGGCUUUGUUCAUAAGAAUGAACUUCCAUCCUACGACUCGGUGGAGGAGAGACAAAAACACAUGGAGGUGGAGAGGACCACCAAGUGGCUGAAGAUGCUGAAGAGCUGGGACAAAUACAAGAACAGCGAGAAGCUGGCCAGGAGGGUCUAUAAGGGAAUUCCCCUGCAGCUCCGAGGGGAAGUGUGGUGUCUGCUGCUCGAUAUACCCAAAAUAAAGGAGGAGAAGAAAGACUUCUACGAGAAACUAAAGGCCAGAGCCAGAGGAGUGUCCCCCGACAUCCGUCAGAUUGACUUGGAUGUGAACCGCACCUACAGGGACCACAUCAUGUUCAUGCAUCGCUACGAUGUCAAGCAGCAGGCUCUCUUCCACGUCCUCACAGCCUACUCCAUGUACAACACAGAGGUGGGCUACUGCCAGGGCAUGAGCCAGAUAACAGCUCUGCUGUUGAUAUACAUGAAUGAAGAGGACGCCUUCUGGGCUCUGGUCAAACUACUGUCUGGGCAGAAGCACGCCAUGCAUGGGUUUUUUAUCCCCGGCUUCCCGAAGCUGAUACGGUUCCAGGAUCACCACGACCGCAUCCUCAAGAAGAUGAUGCCCAAACUGAAACAACACCUGGACAACCAAGAGGUGUUAACCAGUCUCUACACCAUGAAGUGGUUUUUCCAGUGCUUCCUGGACAGAACUCCCUUUACCCUGACCCUCAGAAUCUGGGACAUCUACAUCUUGGAGGGAGAACGAGUGCUGCCCACCAUGUCCUACACUAUCCUCAAACUGCACAAGAAGCACCUGAUGAAGCUGUCCAUGGAGGAGCUGGUGGAGUUUCUGCAGGUGACUUUGUCCAAAGAUUUCUUCUUCGAGGACGACUUUGUGGUCGAGCAGCUCCAGGCAUCCAUGACGGAGCUCAGGAAGGCAAAGCUGGAGCUGCCCGCGCCAGGUAAAGAAGACGAGUAUCCCAAGAAGCCUCUAGGGCAGCUCCCUCCUGAGCAGGCAGCAGCAGCAGUGAACCACGUGGCCAACGGUCAAAGCCACGCCGAGCCAGUCGAGCCUACCAGGGAUCCGAGUCCUGUACCAGACCGCCAGCGGGACAGUCGCCUCCCCAGCAGGUCACGCCGGGACUCGCUGGAAAAAUCGAUCCGCCACCACAAGGCUGACAAGAGGGAUGCCCGCUCCAGGGGGUCGGGGGAGAUCCCAAAUGUGCAGCGAAAGCAGUCCACCUCCACCACGCCGGAGAGGGGAGCAACACCGCCCUCAGCCCCCACCCCUACAUCACAGCUCAUUACAGGGGAAAGAGGGAAGCCUCAGAGCCACGCCACCGCCAACCAUAACUCCAAUGCGGCCUCCAGCUCUCGCAAAGAAAUCACUCCCCGCUGGUUCAAACCCUCCGAGACAAAACUGGAAGCAGUCAAAGCAGCAGCUGCCCGGGAAGUCCAUCUGAGCAGAGGGACGUCGCCGGCCCCCUCCAGCCCAGAAGACAGUGCAACGCCCCACCGCCGGCCACGCUCUAAAGGCUUCAUCCCCGACGCCAACCGCGGCUCCAACGCAUCCCAGUAUGACAAUGUACCAGGGAUGCCGGAGCAGGAUUUUGAGAUCCUGGAGCUCGACAGCCCCCCGUCCAGAAUGAGGAUCCCUUGCAGUGAGACACCGUUCGGUGCAUCGUCCCUCCAUCAGGGCAGCCCCAGUCGUGGACCCAGCCUGGCUGGGAGCGUCGUCUCCGUCGCAUCAGGGCCCAGGAUGGCCAAACACCCUCUUCCUCCUACAUUUUCCCACAACAGUCCAAGGGGGGUCCAGGCCAGCUACCCUGGCAGCCAAAGCCGGUACCACACCCCUCCCCAGCAGCACUCCCCAGGCAGAACUACUACCGAAGUCCCUAUCUUCCACCCAUCGUACAGCGUCAGCCUGGACCACAGAGGAGAGGAUAGACUCUAUGCGCCCCCCUCCCGAUUUACCCCACCUUCCAGUGUGGUGUACGGGGAACGAGCGUACGCCACCACCCAGCGCCAGACCAACAGCCUCUCCCCAGAGAAGGCCCUUAUGAACAACUCCUUCGCUACAUACCGCAGGCAGCCACCACCUAGCUCCUCCCACAACCCCCGAAACGCCAGGUCUCCCCCGCAGCACUCCCUGCAGCUGGAAACCCAGGGGAGAUCCACCCCCAUCUACCUGCAACAACUCACCUCCACCGCACAGGUCUACGCUCCGGUGGACUACAGGUUUGAGGGGCAUCGGAGGGGCGAAGUGAACCCGCACUACCUGCCAGAAGGCGGGCCUCGGCGGCCUGUAGACGGGCUCCCGUGGGCUCCAGAGGAUGGGCUGCCCCUUCAAUCCCCAGGUGGGAUGCCGCGCUCACCCAGCUUCCAGCGAGCCCAAAUGUCUCCCGUUGAGGAGUUUACUUUCCCCCCCAACCCAGACGGCCUGCUUCACUACAGGACACAGUUCCAGGAGCAGCAGCCUGUCGUAAGGCAACAGCUCCCCCAGCUGUUUGGAGGACCACACUACAGGCACGCACAGGAGGCGUUUGCCAUGCAGGAGUCCAUGCUGCUGUGAUUGGACGAUAGAGAAAUGGCAAGACUCUGUAAAAAAACAAAAUAGAAAAAAAAAGAAACUGAGGUGUAGUCAUUGACACUGUGGUAAAGACAAGCAGUAGUCCUAGCUUUGUUAGGAGCCUGGUGUUGUUUCUGCUCUGUUCUUUAUGUGUGAAGUACUGACCUUCUGACUGUCACGCUGCAUCGUAAUGUUGCAGGAUGCACCAGCCUUUGAAGUUUUUACUGAUCACUUUAAAAAGAGAAAAAAAAAAACUGACUGAAGUUUUAUUUUAUUUUUCGAUGUAGAGCAUUAACAAGAGGAGACAGAAUAUAUCUUUUAGAGUCUGAUACAGUAUGUACAGUGGAUUUUUUUGUUAAUAUGCCUGAGUUGUCAGUAGCAGGGGAACAUUCUCCUGAAAAGGGAAAACUGAUUUAUUUUCCAGCUUUAUUUUUUUAUGUUACUUGCAGAUAUUUACAUUAGAGAUUGAUUUACUCUAUAUGCUUGUGAAUGUUAUUUUUAAAAGAGAAGAAAUAAUACUAUGUCCAAUGAUAAAAUUAGAAAGCAGUAAUGAACAUACAUACACUGUACGUUUUGAUUUCAAUUUCAAUUUUGCAGCGCCUACAGUAUAGAAAGGGCAGGGUUUGUUGUUUAUUUUCGAGUCUCUUUUCAGUGAUAAUAUUCCUUCCUGAUUAACUGAUGUGCAAUUAAUUGCUCUUUUAUACGUGAAGUAAAGUUGGUUAUUUACACAUAUUUGAGGCCAGUGUAGUUUUUGGAUUAAAGACUCAAGGAAUAUAGAGCUAAUUUGUGAGGGCUAAUAAUAAAUAUAUAUAGUAACCAUAGAUAACAUGUUUUUUCAUUAUUGCUGAACUGUAGUUACCACAUCUUGAGCACAUGCAGCCAGAGAUAGAUGUGAACUAGUUACAGUGCAAGUUCAUUACGUCUUAUUAUUUUCAACACUGUCAUAUCAACUACUGUUCAGCUGCUGGCACACACUCACUCACACACUACGUGUCACAAAUCUGUUAAUCACAUUUCAACAUUUAAUCAGUCACAUUCCCUAUUAUUCUUCCUCAUCCUCGUGGUUUUGAAGCAGGUAUUUCUCUAACAGUAUUACCGUACUGUUCAUUACAUUCCUUAAGUUAUCUUUGUUAAACAACUAAUUGCAGACCAUUCUGAUACUUUGCUUAAUAAAAUGAGGUCAGUGAAAAUGA